GCUUCCUCUCUUUCCUCCGUCGUUUUUGAUGUCCGAAUUCUCCUCCAGUGUCAGAGAAAAAACAGAGAAGGUUGUGUGUCGAGUGUCGCAGAAAAAGACGCUUGUCUGUGCCCGGCGUAGACGAUCUCUUCGGCCUCUCGGACGAACCGAGUUUUCACGGUGAACCUUUUGUGCUUACUUUUCGUCUCAGACUGUGUUGUUGUUCCCUGCUUCUCAAAAGCCGCCCUUCUCUCACUUCUUGUUCGCCGAUUGCCUUCAAGAAGUGUGGAGUUCCCUUCCUUUUUUCUGGGUUCUCCGGAAGCCUCCUGUAGCAAAAUGCGCUGAAAUUUUGGACACUUCUCGACGGUGUCUCGCUUUAGGACGGACCUCAUGGUCUUUAGGGCACCGUUUUCUUUCACUUUUUCUGGGAACAUCACAGUUUUCUCCAUUUCAGGGAACGAACAAUCUGCAAGCGUCCACUUGUCCUGUGGCUGCUGGGCUCGGAUGCCGCCUCUGUUUAGCAAGUGUAGCAGGGACCGGAUGGCAAGCUAGGUCCACUUCACUGCAGUUUCAAGUUCCAAACCAAGGCAUCUCAAUUUGUAUCGUGUUCUCUGUCAACAAGCUGUUGAACCUGUCGACGGAGUGUCGUCCCGGCUCCUAUCCCGCGUUCGCAAGCCGCACCGUUUUCAGAACAGUGUUCCCCGUGGUGUUGAAAGCGGGCUGCGAAGCGCGAGCGUUUCGUUUUGUGGUUUUUUCUGGGAAACGAUGGGGAUCUCUUCGUGUGGCGAGACGCUUGCCUCCUGUUUCAAGGCGGUGAAGUCCGGAACCGUUGACUUCAAGGGGCAGGAGCGAGUAUACUCGUGGUUGAUAUACUUUGCGUGGGCGGGUGGCCUCAGCGGGUUUUUCGUCGGAGGGAUUCUGGAAGACUUCACGGUCACAGUGUACACGAUUUUGAUGUGCAUGGCCAUUGCGGCGAUUCUCUGUUUUCCGUCGUGGCCAUGUUUCCACAGACACCCUGUCGAGUGGACGCCGCACGACCCCGCCAGGCUGGCUGCUCUCUUCACGCAGCAUCAAACCCAGGAAGAAACUCCUCAGAAAGGUGCGGGGAAAAAACGAGGGAAGAAGAGCGCUGAAGUGAAACGGAAAAACUGAGUGUGUGUGCGUAUGUAGACAAGUGAGUCUUCCCAGAGUUCGUCCGGAUUGUUGCGUGGAUCGUGUCAACUGGACUUCUCGUUCGUCAAAGACCUGGUCGUCUGACCCAACUGCUCUCCAUAAAAAAGCUUGUUAACGCUCCCU